AUGCCUCCAUCAGUUACGAACAAUAACACCGGCGAGGAAGCUUCUAGCCAACCUGGUCUUCGCCUCGCUAUUAUUGACGAUUACGACGGCCUCGCAAAGCCGUACUUCGACCGGCUCUCCGAUGGCAUGGAGAUCACCACUUUUAGUGACACUCUCGAUCAAUCCGAUCCAGUCCAAAUGGCCGAGCUAAUUGAACGCCUAAAACCGUACCAUAUUAUCAGCACCGUGCAAGAGCGCACUCCAUUUUCUCGGCACCUCCUUCGCAAGCUACCCAAUCUCGAACUUCUUAUCACCAGCGGUGGAACGACCAGCAUAAUUGACCUUGAGGCUUCAACAGAUGCAGGGAUCACGGUGGCCGGAACUGCUGGGAACGAAUUGCUGGACCUAGCCGCCCAGCAUGUUUGGAAUUUGAUAUUGGGGAUUGCUGGGAAUAUCAUAAUAGACGACUCUCUCCUGAACAGCCUCGGGUGGGUCGACCCAACUACACCGAGCCUUUCGGGUAAGACGCUGGGAAUUCUUGGCUUCAACGACUUGAGCGUCAAGGUUGCUAAAAUUGGUGCUUUGGGUUUCAAUAUGAAAAUCAUCAUCUGGUCAGAAAAUCUUAUUCAGAGCACGGCCGAUGCCGAAGCUAGCAAAGUGGGGCUAUCGCAUGGGGCAUUUGCCAUUGCUGAAUCUCUAGAUGAUUUAUUUUGCACGGCGGACGUUGUGAGCGUGCAUUUUGCGCCGAUCUCGCGAUAUGAAGGCCUCGUGGGGUACGAGCGACUGAGUCUCAUGAAAGAUUCUGCUCUCCUAAUAGAUGCAUCUGGCGGGUAUUCAGUUGACGACGGCGCGUUGCUAGACAUUUUGAAAGAAAGGAAAAUAAAGGGCGCAGCAUUGGAUGCAUCACUGCCUCCGGACAGUGAAUGGUGCACCACUACUUGGGGUGCACAUAGAAGCGAGGUUCUGCUAUCUUCGAAUAUGGCCAUUAUAGAAAAAGACCUCAUUCGUUUCUCGUAUAUGGAGCAAGUCAAAAAUGUCGAAAAAUGGCUGGACGGGUGGGCCGUGAUUCCCGUGAACAUGAAGGUGCACAAGCCAGAUAAGUCGCUCAUGCCAUGGUACGAGGAGACGGAUGAGAUUUUUGAAAAAUGGCUUCAAGGGGAAGAUAAGAACACGGAGCCUCACGAGAAAUGGGGGUCAGUUAAUGGUUACUACUCAUGGCAUGAGCAACAGGACGAAGAUGACGAGCCUUGGACGGAAGAGGAGAAGCGCACAGAGUGGCUUGGGUCAGACCCUAGUUAUUCAGGCGGCUGGUGUUGA